CGCGGCGCUGGAUGAGCUGAAAACACUUUACUAACUUUUUCUCAGUCUGUCAGCGUCCGGAGGGUUGCUGAGGACGAGUCCAGUUCUAACAGGGGUAUUACUAGAUUUAAAUACAGCUUUAGUAUUCCUGAUCCGCGCGGGUUCUGCUGUCAGAUCGGGACGCCUGCUGUUGACUGGAGCCUUUGUGAGACACUCCUGCGUGAGCAUGGAAAACACACCUUAAAGUUCUGAACGCAAACCUUUGGCCGCACCGCGCCUCUCUGCGGGAUCAUGGACUCCUCCACCAACAGUCUGGAUGAGGGGUCGGCAGAUGGCAGCGCCGACUACCAAGACCGAAGUUCAGGGAUGGAGGUACGUCUGCAGGCGCAGGAGGAUGAGAUCACGCUGCUGAAAUCCUCCCUGGCUGAUGCCCUGCGCAGGAUCCGCAUUCACGAUCAGCUGCUCCCGUUGCUGAAGCAGCAGCUAAUAGCAGUGAACCCCGGUGCUGCCAGGGUGCUGAACCAGGUGUGCUGCUCAGAUGGUUGCAGCAGCAGGAGGUUCUCCGGUGUUGAUGGGAUUCCUCACUCUGCUGCCACUCCAAGCCAACAGUCAAACAGCAUUGUGAACAGUGCUAAUGGCCACACAGGAAGUCCAGCAGCAGUAAAGCUUCCCAGACCAACUUCCAUGGACCAGUCGACUCAGACUGAACCCACUUUAUCACCACAAGAACCCGAGCAGAACACGCUUUCCCUGCACGGCAAGAGCCGGAAUGUGGAGGAGGGCUUUCCUCUUGACCAAACUGCUGCUGAUCAGAGCAGGGCCAAGCUCAUCCGCAUCCCUGGUCUGGAGGAGGAAGAGGACGAUGAUGAGGACCAAGAGGAUGAAGGAGGAGGAGAGCAGGAAAAGGAACUCAACUUUACGAUGGAGGAAACUGUCCAGCCAGACAUGGUUCAGGUCCUGCAGAGGGAGGACUCACAGGACGGGAGCUGUUCCUCAGAGGAGCCCAGCUCCUCCACAGCCUCACUGACAAACUCCAACCAAAACCUCAGCUCCCGCUCGGGGCCGCUGACCACCAUCCAGGAGGGGGAGAAGACACUGGUUCGUAGGAACAGUGAAAAACUAUUAAAUGCGGAGAGGCAAAGGAAGCGUCUGGACAAGAAGGCAGCAUCUUCAGCCAAUCUCCUAACCCGCUCCCCCAGCCUGGAAAACCGGGCCAAAGAGCUGAUCUCCAGUGCAGGGUCACCUGGCUCUAGAAGAGGAACUCACAGCCAAGGACAGUCAAUCAAAAUGUUCAUCCGGGGCCGACCCAUCACCAUGUACGUCCCCUCUAACAUUCAGAACUACGAAGACCUGAAGAUGGAGCUUCCAUCCGAGAAGCUGGAGUUGGACUGGGUCUAUGGCUACCGCGGGCGUGACGGCCGGGCCAAUCUGUAUUUCCUCCCUACAGGCGAGGCGGUCUACUUUAUCGCCUGUGUCAUUGUGCUCUACCACAUCAAGAACAGCACACAAAGACACUAUCGAAAACACACGGAUUGUGUUCGCAGCCUGGCCCUCCAUCCUGACAAAGUACGAGUGGCAUCCGGUCAGAUGGCAGGUGUGGAUAAAGAUGGCAAGCCUCUGCAGUCGUGUGUUCAUAUCUGGGACUCCAAGACUCUGGUCACGCUGCAGCAGAUCGGCCUGGGAACCUUCCAGAGAGGAGUGGGAUCGUUGGCUUUCUCCUCUGCUGAUUCUGGUGGGUUCUUAAGUGUGAUUGACGACUCCAACGAGCAUAUGCUGUCAGUGUGGGACUGUGCCAAGGAGACCAAGCUGGCCGAAAUCAAGAGCACCAACGAGGCGGUGUUUGCCGUGGAGUUCAACCCCAGCGACAGCAACAACAUCAUCACCUGUGGGAAAUCCCACGUGUAUUUCUGGACUCUCAGCGGGGGACAAUUCACCAAGAAACAAGGCAUCUUUGGAAAAUACAAGAAGCCGAAGUUCAUCCAGUGCUUUACCUUUGGCCUCACUGGGGACGUUUUGACCGGAGACUCUGAGGGGAACAUCCUCACAUGGGGAAAGUCUGCUGCUGAUGUCAAAACGCUGGGUAAAGGAGCUAAAGAGACCUACCAGAUAAUGCGUCAGACCAGAGCCCAUGAGGGCAGUGUGUUCACCCUCUGCACCCUGCAGGAUGGUGCCUUGCUCAGCGGAGGGGGAAAGGACCGUAAGAUCAUCCGCUGGAGCGCCGAUCUGGCCCCAGAGAGAGAGUGCGAGAUUCCAGAGAAGUUUGGGACGGUCCGCACCAUUGCUGCCAUGGACGAGGAGGAGCUGCUGGUUGGUACGACACGAAACGCCAUUCUGAGAGGAACCAUCUCUGAUGGGUUUUUGGCCAUUGUGGAGGGUCACGUGGAUGAGAUGUGGGGUCUGGCGGCUCACCCGUCUCAGAGCUUCUUCCUCACCUGCGGUCAUGACCGGCAGGUUUGCUUGUGGAACGCAGAGGACCACAAACUGAGCUGGAACGUCUCUCUGGAGGAGUAUGGACUGUGCGCUGACUUCUGCCCCAACGGAUCAAUUGUUUCAAUCGGCCUCAACACAGGAAGGUGGGUGGUGCUGGACCUGCUGACCCAGGAGGUGAUUUCUGAAUCUGUUGAUGGCAACGAACAGCUGUCUGUCAUGAGAUAUUCCCCCGACGGAAACUUUUUAGCUGUUGGAUCCCACGACAAUUUUAUCUACAUUUACAAUGUGACAGAGAAAGGCCGUCGAUAUACUCGCUUUGGGAAGUGUAAUGGACACUCCAGCUUCAUAACUCACCUUGAUUGGUCCAAGGAUGGGAGGUACAUCAUGUCUAAUUCUGGUGACUACGAGAUCCUUUACUGGGACAUAACAGGAGGAUGUAAACUGCUAAGGAACCGCUCUGAGAGCAAAGACAGAGAAUGGGCUUCUUUCACGUGUGUGCUGGGCUUCCAUGUUAUGGGUGUCUGGUUGGAGGGCUCUGAUGGCACAGACAUCAACGCUUUGUGCCGCUCCCAUAGUGAAAGGAUCGUGGCCGUUGCUGAUGACUUCUGCAAGGUCCACCUUUUCCAGUUCCCCUGUCCAAAGCUGAAGGCACCAAGUCACAAGUACGAUGGCCAUGGCAGUCAUGUGACCAACGUCUGCUUCACCCACAAUGACUCCCACCUGCUCUCCAUGGGCGGAAAGGACACUUGCAUCUUUCAGUGGAGGGUGGUGAGAGAGGACAAAGGGACAGCUUUGGGGAGCUCUUGGGACAGCAAAGACAAGCUGACAUCGACUCUGUCAGCCUCCACCAGUUCACUAGAACCUCCUUCAAGCUAGAGGGCAGAUGCUGUCAACAGGAGCAGAGCCGGGGGACGUUUUAGCGGUUCCAUUGCUGUCAUUUUAAUAAAGAGAACCCUUUAAAUGGAAUGACUAUUCUAACCUUUUGUGCCUUCAACAUGCAAACCCUUGUGAAAUUGAUCCUUCCUGUAUCAAGAUGGGCUCCUUUCUGUCUUCAUGUGUCAAGAACCAUUAAGCGCUGUAAUGUUUGCUAGUGGAGAUCAUCACUGUUGUUGUGAUUAUUUCUGUCUCUCGUUUUCUAAAGUCCUUAAUUGUUGCCUAAUGGAGAAACCCGUCGAACCUGAAAAUAGUUCUUAAACUUUUUUUAUAUUCUUGACAGUAUGUAUGUUUGACAUGUAUUCUUUCAAUAGACUGUGACAGACUUGUUCCUAUAAAACAAACUGUUUUUAAACAAAAUAGCACACGUGAUUAAUAAAACUUUAGUACAGCUUCAUACAUAUAUGUUAAGUACACUUUUGGUGACAUUUUUAUGAUCAAACUUCCAAUAAAUAAAUAAAUCCAGGAAUGUUUAGGGUUCUGUUUGUCUGACACAAUAUUUUGAGGGAGUGUGUAUGAGUGUGGCUGAUUCAAAGUUUUGUUCGGGAAUAAAUGUUUUACAAAAUAAAGAGAAAAUUAGUUCUAA